AUGGAGGCUGGAUUCGGUUACAUAGCUAGAUAUGAAGGACCUUGUAACCUUGAAAGCAAUCUUAUUUAUGCACUAGUCGAAAGGUGGAGACCGGAGACACACAAGUUCCAUCUUCUGUGUGGGAAGUGUACGAUUACGCUGGAGGAUAUUUCCUUACAUUGGGGGCUACUAGUAGAUGGUGAUGUUAUUUCGGGUGUGGCGGAUGGUGAUUAUCAUUCGUUGUACGAUAAGUAUCUUGGAGGUAUCCCUCCUAAUUUCAACGGUGGUCAAAUACUGUUAUCAUGGUUGGUGACAUAUGUUGAACAUUUGAGUGAAGACUGUUCCGAGGAACAUGCUAAAAGAGUUGUUCGGGCUUGCAUAUUACGACUGAUAGGAGAGAUCUUGAUGCUCGAUAAAGGACGUUGA